AGAAGUUGUGGACAGAGCAACAUGGAGAACAAUGCAACACAGAUCUCUCGAGACGACCUGGAGGAGCUCAGACAGGCCUUUAACAAAAUCGACAUCGACCACAGCGGCUUUGUCAGCGAUUACGAGUUGCAGGAGGUCUUUCGUGAGGCCAGCCUCUUCCUGCCAGCGUAUAAGGUGCGAAUGAUUACAGAGAAGUUCCUAACUGGAGACACCAACAAAGAUGAGAAGAUUUCCUUUGAGGAGUUUGUUGCGAUAUACCAAGAGUUAAGAAGUCAAGAAGUGAGAGAAACCUUUCGCAAGACCAUCUCAAGGAGGGACGGGAUCCACUCGUUUGGAGGAACCUCCGGAGUCUCAAGCGAGGGAACUCAACACUCAUAUUCCGAUGAAGAGAAAGUAGCCUUCGUGAACUGGAUCAAUAAGGCCUUGGCUGAAGACCCUGACUGCAAACAUAUUAUCCCUAUGGACCCGAAUACUGACAACCUGUUCCAGUCGGUUAAGGACGGGAUUCUUUUAUGCAAAAUGAUCAACCACUCUCAGCCAGACACGAUCGAUGAACGGGUCAUCAACUCCAAGAAACGCACGGUGUUCACCGGCACUGAGAAUCUGAUCCUGGCCUUGAACUCGGCCUCGGCCAUCGGCUGCACCGUGGUGAACAUCGAUGCUCAGGACAUGAUCGCUGGAACUCCUCACCUCGUGCUGGGACUCCUCUGGCAAAUCAUCAAGAUCGGCCUGUUUGCAGACAUCGAGAUCUCCCGCAAUGAAGCUCUUCUUGCACUGCUGGGUGAAAACGAGACGUUGGAGGACAUGCUCAAAAUGUCCCCAGAGGAGCUGCUACUGCGCUGGGUCAACUUCCACCUCACUAAUGCUUGUGCCGAAAAAAUCAAGAACUUUGGUGAUGAUAUUAAGGACUCCAGAGUUUACUUCAACCUACUGAACCAGAUCGCACCUAAAGGAGACAAAGAGGGCGAGAUACGGAUCCCCAUCGACAUGUCUGGAAUGAACGAAGCAGAUGAAGUGGCGAGGGCAGAGCUCAUGCUCAGGCAGGCGGCUCUACUCGACUGCCGGCAGUUCGUCUCACCUCGGGACGUAGUGUCCGGAAACAACAACCUCAACCUCGCCUUCGUAGCCAACCUGUUCAACAUGUACCCGGCCCUGAGCAAACCCACCGACAACGACAUCGACAUCACGCAGCUCGAGGAAUCGCGAGAGGACAAGACCUUCAGGAACUGGAUGAACUCACUGGGUGUUAGUCCGUAUGUCAACCGCCUAUACAGCGAUCUGGCAGACGGCCUGGUUAUACUUCAGCUGUACGAGAAAAUCCAGGUUCCUGUGGACUGGAAGAAAGUGAACCGUCCUCCGUUUCCACCUUUCGGCUCACACAUGAAAAAGAUGGAGAACUGUAAUUACGCCGUCGAGUUAGGCAGAACAGAAGCCAAAUUUUCACUGGUGGGCAUCGGAGGCCAGAAUAUCAACGAGGGCAACCAAAUGCACACGCUGGCGCUGGUGUGGCAGCUAAUGAGAAGGUACACAGUCAAAGUCCUGUCGGACCUUGGCGACGGAGAGAAAAUAAAUGACCAAAUGAUCAUUGACUGGGUGAACAGUGCACUAGAGAAGGGAGGGAAGGACACCACCAUCAGCAACUUCAAGGACAAAGCGAUCAGCACCAGCCUCCCGGUCCUGGAUCUGAUCAGCACUAUCGCGCCCAACGCCAUCAAACCCGAGAUGAUAAAAAGAGAAGACCUGGCCGACGAGGACAAACUCAACAACGCAAAGUACGCCAUCUCAGUGGCCAGGAAGAUCGGCACCAAGGUGUACGCUCUCCCCGACGACCUGGUGGAGGUCAACCCCAAGAUGGUGAUGACCGUGUUCGCCUGCCUGAUGGGCAGAAGUCUGAACAAGGGCUGAGCUGUUA